GUCGGAGUUCAUCGCGAGACUGUCAUCCAGUCCUUUGCCUGAAUCCAGCUGGUAGCCUGCCUGCCGUUGACGGUUCUGUUGCAGUUGAGCUGAGAGCCGCCCGUCAUCAUGGGGAACAUCUUCGGGAACCUGUUGAAGAGCCUCAUAGGCAAGAAGGAGAUGAGGAUUCUCAUGGUGGGGCUGGACGCCGCUGGGAAAACCACCAUCCUUUACAAGCUGAAGCUGGGGGAGAUCGUCACCACAAUCCCCACCAUCGGUUUCAACGUAGAGACAGUGGAGUACAAGAACAUCAGCUUCACAGUGUGGGACGUGGGUGGCCAGGACAAGAUCCGUCCCCUGUGGAGGCACUACUUUCAGAACACCCAGGGCUUGAUCUUUGUGGUGGACAGCAACGACCGGGAGCGGGUGAACGAAGCCCGGGAGGAACUGAUGAGGAUGCUGGCUGAGGACGAGCUGCGGGAUGCCGUUCUUCUCGUCUUUGCCAACAAACAGGACCUGCCCAAUGCCAUGAACGCUGCAGAGAUCACAGACAAGCUUGGCCUGCACUCCCUACGCCACCGUAACUGGUACAUUCAGGCCACCUGUGCCACCAGCGGCGACGGUCUCUACGAGGGCCUGGACUGGCUGGCCAAUCAGCUGAAGAACAAAAAGUGAAGGGUCCGGUCAGUAGAGCGGGGAAGAGCCUGGGUGCCAGCUCCAGGUAGUGGUUAUAGUGGAUCCAUUGUGUUUACACGGAGAGGCAGUGCUGAAAAGCUCCCAGGGGGUGACUCUCAAUGGCUUUCUCCCCCCCCAAAUACUUCUAUUCUAUUUUAUUUGAUUUUCUUUACUUUGAUCAAUUUAAUUUGUUUGGAUCUGCGGUGAGAGUUUUUAAUCAUUUAGAAAACCAAUGGCGUCAAAGUUGACCAAAAUGACUUACAUUCUAUAAGCUAAAUACAUAAAUAUUGGGACGUAAUAGUAUAAUGUCACUGUGAAGGCGUAUGUAUUUCCCCCUCUUUGCAGUCUAUGACCUUUAACCUCUGUCACCUUUUAAUUUGUUCAGAAAAUGUGAUGAAUCUAGACUCAUGAUGGCAGAGCAACCCUCUCUCAGAUACUUGAUGUAAAUUAUAAAGAAUGUCAUAAUAGUAUAGUGGGAAUACUAUUAUUAUCUCAGCAUACUAUCACUCAUACAUGCUCAGAUAAAUGUCAAGUUGUCAUUUCCUGUCCAUGCAGAUGUUUUACCACUACCAAAUUAUGCACUUCAGAGCUUCAUUUAUUUUAUUAAAAACUAGUUUGUUCAGAUUUUAUUUAAAUGCAUUAUUUUAUUUAUUUUCUCUAACUCAAAAUCUGCUGACAUACUGGAGAGUCUUAAACAAUUUAUAUUUUUGUCAACAUGUAUUUAUUUAUUCAUAAGUUCAUUUAUUGAUUUUAUUUUCUAAGUGCAGCGUAUUCUUUCUCUCCCCUUAUUGCAAUGUGCAUUUACUGCUAAGGCAGCUGGUGAAAAAGAAGCCUCCAUAUCACUGUAUAUUACUGCUUCCCAGUCUGCAUGGAGAUAUCCCAAUACUGGCUCAUGGGCUUGUAAGAGCUGUGAACUACUGCAGGCCGCUGCUGUAAAUAAAGAUUUGUUCUUAGUCUACUUGCCUGGCUCGGUGAGGGUUAAAACAGUUUGUCUGGCUUCAGUGAGGUGUGAUAGCCGAACUGAUACAGAUGACAGAGCAGGCACACUGUGCCAGCUCUGUGGCUUGGGGGGAAAAAAAAUGAUGCUAUUGGCCUGUGAGUGAUCGGCAGAGUGAUGCGGCAGAGCGAUGCAGCAGAGCAUGUGAUUGGAAAUAUUAGAGAGCUUACAUGGUUUUGAAUGUUUAUUUUUUAAGUCAGUUUGUGCGAGCAGCUUCACUACAUCUAUCAAAAGAGCUCACAUUGCUUGUCAUCCUGAUUUAUUCAUCCCUUAUUGGCGUGACAUUAUAAAUGUGUUUCUUGUGUUGACCGUAUUUCUGUGUUCCACGUUGCACAAAAUAACUCUAGAUGCAUUAUUGUUGUACAGAAUGUAAUGUCUGGUUUUUUUUUUUCUCGUAUUUUCAAAUGGAGUAUUUUAUUUAUUUUGGAUCAAAGGGAAAGUGUUGAUUUUAGUGUUGUUUUUUUUCUUAAUUUGCUAACUAGAUCAGACUGUUGUCUUUUUGAGUGUUCACAAAUCACAUAAUUUGAAAAUAAUAGGAGAGAGGAUGAUAGUAAUACUGCAUCAUAAGGCAUGUUAAUAUUGUACAAGAUCUGUAAUAAAAGUGAAUUAUAAUAGCCUGUUUCCUCAGACUAAAUUUGUUAGUCUAAAUUACUGCUGCUGGUUGGAACAAUGCUGUACUGAUAAAUGUUAUGGAUUUAGUGUAAAGUUUACCGAACAACCUUCUAAUAUGCAAAAGCAUGCUUUUCUAUGUCAGCGCAACUGUAUAUAUGUUUAUGUAACAAGAAAAGUAUAUCAUGGUAUUCGCGGUCAAAUUGAAAGUGUUGUUGAUACACCUGUAGAUAUUGGGUUCAGUGUGUUGGCAGACGUGUAUAACUGACAGCAGCUUGUGUGUGUGACGUGCCCUCUAUUACGUUCAGUUUGGUGUGAAAAUUGUUUUUGUGGCCUUAUAUUGCCAGUGGUUAAUUUCUCUUUGAUAACAGGUUUGUAUGUAGGAAUGUCCAACAUUCAAGUAUCUCACCUAUGAUCUGUAACAACUCUGAUGCGCUCGCAGUACUGUUGUGGCUAAACAUCCCUCUUUCAGUGACUAUUGGCAGAAAAGCAAGACUGCACAACAUUCCAGCUGUUAAUGUGUUUUCAAAAAGGAACAAUGGAUUUAUUAAGUGGAGGAUAUUAAAGCAACACAAACUGGUGCAAAAGUGUUGAGUGAUUUGAUGAUUCCUGGCACUACAUCGAUCGGUCAAUAAAAGAA